CAGUCCUGUGGCCGGGGUGCCUCAGGGAAAAGCAACCCUUGCAAAAGGUUAUUCCAACGUCUUGCACAAGGCACGUCAAUCGAAAGACUGCACCUGGUCCAUCGUCUUCGUCUGUUCUCAUCUGUUCUAUGGGCACAUUUCGUCAUGCCGUGUCUGCCUUUGCUGAUCCCGCGGCCGCACGAAUCCGUCCAAACCUUGUACGCCCGAGGCGGCAGGAUGGCAAGAUGGAUAACUCCUGUGGUUCGCAGUUCGCAGUUCGCAGCGCCGGCCCAGGCAGGGAGCAGCCCUACCUCAGUGCCAGGCCCACCAGCUCGGUGAACAAGCUUCUCCUCCCGCUCCUCUCCCACAGGGUUCGUCUUCUCUCACCGUGCUGCCCUGCCCAAGUCUCAGGUAGAUCAUGCUCGGUCUUUCUGGGCAAUUCACCACAGGCACCCACCCACCCGUACGCCAGUUCCGAAUACGAGAAGCAUGGUCGGCGCUGAAGACUGCCCUUUUGGUCCACCCUGUCGUCCGGUCACCUGGCGAUCACCUCAACUUUACCGGUCCAGACAAGGUCUUGUUCCUCCGCCCGGCUUGCAGUGCUCAAGUGGUCAUUUCUCAUUGGGCCCGCAGGAGGCGAUCCUCAUCCCAUCUUGCCUCCGCAAGCUGCCGAAGUGCUAGGGAACUUCCUAACCCCGCGAAGAACGGGAUGGCCAAUCCCCAGGUCCAAUCCCGCUGGUGGUGGUGGUGCCGAAGCCACGUUCCCCUCACUUCGUCUGGCUUUGAUGUUGUGCCUUGUGCCGACAAACGGCAGGGCUGCGUAUCAACGGCGGCCACGCACAAGGGCAUCUCGUUCAUGGAUAGGUCCUCCGGCGCUCCUCAGGGGUGGUGGGGUGGUGGUUCAGUAGUAUCCCAAAUCGGGAAUUCCAUUCGAAGCCCCUCAGCCAUCAGCACAACUCUCACCCCUAGAGUCAGCUGUCAGUCACACUCCCCUUCAGGAAGCCUCGGGAACUUUGAUUGUGCCUCCAAAUGUUGUCCCCGUGUUCAUCAUACGCAUGCAUGAUCUUCAGCAUGAUGCAAUGCCGAAAAGGUUGUAUUUGCCGGCGGGGGUUGUUUAUGGGAUAUUGAUAAAACAACACCAUCUCGUCCACGAUGAUCUCGUGUGCUCCCGCAGAGAGGGUUGGUCACGCCAACCACUCGCUGUGCUUAUACACGGUCCCUCCUGUCCAGCCAACCCAGCCCUCAUUCGCUGUGCUCUGCUGAACACUGCCUGUCUUUCGUCUAGACGCCUAGGAUGAUCUCAACACUCGUUUCCCUCCUCCUGCUGUGCUCAACGGCCGAGGCGGCCCCAAGGAUAAAAUCCACCAAAGAGAAGCGCCUCUUUGGACCCACCGUGAAGACCACAACGCCCGAAGCCACCGUCGAGGGCAGCGUGCUCCCCUUUAUCGGCUCGGCUGGCGGUUUCGUCGAGAGCUUCAAGGAAAUCCCAUUUGCCCAACCUCCCGUAGGGAACAACCGCCUGAGGCCUCCCGUACCACUGGAUCCGAGCCGUUCUCUGGGACAUGUCGAUGCCACGACUCUGCUGCCCAAGCAGUGUCCGCAGUUCUUGUUUGGGGAGGACAUCGAUAUCGCAAACGUCCCGGGGGUCGCGGCAGAUAUUCUGGAGACGGUAGUCAACUCGCCUCUGUUCAAGAACAACAUCAUCGGGGGCCAGGAGGACUGCCUGACGGUCAACGUCCAGCGCCCAGCGGGUACCAAGGAGGGAGACAACCUGCCCGUGAUGCUGUGGAUCUUCGGAGGCGGCUUUGAGCUCGGCGGCACUGCGAUGUACGAUGGCUCCAACGUCGUCGCACGGUCGGUCGAGCUUGGCAAGCCUGUCGUGUUCGCCGCGGUCAACUAUCGCGUGGGCGGGUUUGGCUUCCUGGCAGGCAAAGAAGUCCUGGCUGAGGGAAGCGCCAACCUUGGCCUGCUAGACCAACGCUUGGGCAUGCAGUGGGUAGCUGACAAUAUCGCGGCCUUCGGAGGUGACCCAACCAAGGUGACGCUCUGGGGCGAGAGCGCUGGAGCCAUCUCUAUAUUUGAUCAGUUGAUAGCCAACAACGGUGACAUAACGUACAAGGGGAAGCCUCUCUUCAGAGGAGCGAUCAUGAAUUCUGGCUCCGCUGUGCCGACCGAUCCAGUUGACUGUCCCAAGGCACAGCAGGUCUACGACGCCGUCGUUCAGGGGGUUGGGUGUGCGGGAGAGGCAGACACGUUAAAUUGCUUGCGCAAGGCAGAGUAUCAGAAACUCCUCGAUUCAAUGAACUCGGUGCCCGGAAUUCUUUCAUUUAACUCCCUUGCCCUUUCUUACCUGCCACGUCCAGACGGGAAGUUCCUGAUGGCGUCGCCUGAGACUAUCGCGACCUCUCGCAAUCUUCCUCAGGUUCCUUUCAUUCUCGGUGACCAAAAGGACGAGGGCACCCUCUUCGGCAUCUUCACCAGUAAUAUCACCACCGGAGACGAGUUCAAGGACUACCUCAAGACGUUGUACUUCACCAACACCGACCCGCAGAUUGUGGACCAAUUUGUAGAUGCCUACCCCGACGACCCGGCCCAGGGCUCGCCUUUCGACACAGGCGACGACAACGACAUCUACCCACAGUUCAAGCGCAUUUGCGCACUUCUCGGAGACGCCGUCUUCACAAUGUCCCGGCGGGCAGUGCUCAACGUCUCAACGGAGAUCCAGCCAGGCGUCAAGCGCUGGUCGUACCUGAGCCAGUACGACCAAGGGACACCCGUGCUGGGGACAACCCACGGCAGCGAUCUCCUCCAAGUCUUCUACGGAAUCAAGGACAAUUUUGCCGCCUCGGCCAUUUUGAAUUACUUCCUCAACUUUGCGUACAAUCUGGACCCCAACGACGCGUCCGGCGGCACCAGGGCAACAGAGGGCGAGCAACUCAUCAACUGGCCCGACUGGGCGUCCGGCAAUCAGUUGAUCCAGUUUGAUGCUGACAAGGCGAGCCUGAUACCCGAUAACUUUCGCCAGCCUCAGUUUGAGUUCCUGCUGCAAAACUCGGCCAACCUGCACUUUUGAUCUUCGACAUACCAUUUGCCGUGCACUGUUGUAUGUACAUGUUUUUCUCUGGGUUCCUGCUACUUCUGCUGAAGAAUCGGGGCACAGUAUAUAUGAAUGACCACAAGCGGCGCUCGUGUCCCAUGUUCCACCCCUGGUGUUCUCGUCCAGUUACACACUACGUGUAGUUAUUUCAAUGUUCACUAUACCA